ACAAUGUUUAAGGCAAUAUGAUCAGAUACAUUAUUAAAGCUGUUUCCGCUUCUUUUUUGUAAUUUUUGCACCCUCAAAAAUGGUCCAAUUUCAUGUUGUAUGGGAUGCAAUAGAUUAAGUGUUGUCCCUUAGUCUCUUCGAUCUUGUGACGGAAAAUCUACUCACUACCCUCGCAGAUGAAGAAGAUAAUUGUGACAGUCGUAGCAGUGAAGAUGAAGACUCAGUCUGUGACCUGUCAGAUGAUGACUCCAUUCCCCCUCUUACAUAUGACAGCAGUGACGAUUGUAGUGAUGAUGAUGAUGAUAAUUUGAAUGAGGAUAAAUUGUUUCCUGGAGACUCGGUCAUGUCUAGCCUCCCAUCCUUGGCCUCUCCAACCAGUUCAGAUACAGAAUCAGAUGAUAACUUGGAUAGCGACGGUCAGCUUGCUGAGGGAUGGGAUGCAGAAGAUUUGCGCUGUUAUGAUCCGGAUUGCCUGGUUUGUAAUGAUGAUGAUGAUGAUGAUGAUGUAGAUGAUGACGAUGAUGAUUUAGAUUUGGAGAGUGAUGAUGAUGGUGAUGACGAUUUUGAUGAUGAGGAUGAUGAGCACGACAGUGAUAGUGACGAAGAUGAUCAUGAUGAGGAUCUGCUGAGAACUUUAUUAUUACCUCAUCUUUUGAAUGGCGAGGUCAAUUCUUUCACGGGUUUUGUGCUAGGCGUUCUAGAUGGGUUUUUUACGGCUCAUCCCGAGAUGAUGAAUGAGGGUUCCCCUCCAGCACCGCCUGAAGUGAUCGAGUCUCUUCCCAAAGUGAUACUCACUAAGGAACGAGUGGCUCUCAACUUAUCCUGUGCCAUCUGUCAGUGUGAUUAUGAACAGGGUGAAGCAGUUCUGGAGUUGCCCUGCUCACAUCUCUUCCACCCCACGUGCAUCACAACGUGGCUGAAAAUGCACGCCACUUGUCCAACUUGUCGAGAUGUUCUUCCUCACUGAGGACAAGUAGCAUCGUGCUGUACUUGACUUUACAACGCCGCAUUGGCUAGUUCUACAAGUGUCAAAAACAACUCUCUGCUACAUGUACCUCGACAGGCAGACAAAAACAGUUAUUUUGUCACCAAUUUGGAGUUUAUAGCGUGGAACCAAGUUGAGCGAGUUACUGGAAAGACAGAAUAUAACCGUCUUCAAUACGUAUCACAUGUCCACACAUGGUUUAUAAACUGUGGAUAGUAAAACUGAAGUGCACUAUUUUGACAACUUUGGUUCCUGUUGUAUAUGACCCGAAAUUUUAUAUAUAUAUAUUUAAAAAAAAAUUUAGAAUUUAUGUUAAAUAAAUCCAUUCGUUUUGUUUUAAAAGGCGCUAAAUGCGUAAAGAAGAUAUAUUAGAAAAUAAAAUGUUGAAUUUU